AUAUACAAAAAAUAAAAAUAGUGUGAAAUACACAUAGCUUGCAUGUGUUUCUCAUUUUUUAUAUACAUACAUACAUACAUGCAUACGUAUAGAGAGCACUUUGGCAUAAACCGUUAGUUUAGUUAGGCACUCCGAUACCGACCCCCGCCGCAUAACAUAACUCACACGCGUGCGUGCGUGAGUGACAAGGCGCCGUGCCGUACGUGUGCCUCCUCUCCUCUGGAAUUGUGUGUGUGUCUAUCUAUCGUUUCGUACUUCAAAUAAAAUAAACAGCCCGCCAAUAAAACAACAACUAUAACCGCAAUGUGGAGCAUGCACGUGUAGGAAGAGAAAGAAAAUUAUCAUAAGAAAGAAAACAAAUUUUAGCUAGAAAAUGCCAACAACAAUAACAAAUUGCAAAACCAUGUGCCGCAGCUAGCUGCGUUUUAACAACAACAACAACACAACAACAAUAUCAUAAACAUAUUUAAUUGUUGGCUAAAUAGUGUGUGUGUGUAGUGCAACAACGACAACAACCACAAGCCGCCGAACAGGAUUAUUACACGCCACCACGACCACAACAACAACAACAUACACAUUUACACUCUAACAACAACGACAACAACAAUUUAUUUAUUACACCAAAAACCGCAGCAACACCAACAAUAAACAUGCAUUGGAUAAAGUGUUUAUUGACAGCAUUCAUUUGCUUCACAGUCAUUGUGCAGGUUCACAGUUCCGGCAAUUUCGAAUUGCGCCUCAAAUACUUUAGCAAUGAGCACGGUCGCGAUAACGAGGGCCAUUGCUGUAGCGGUCAAACGGAUGCGGCGACGGGCAAGUGCAUUGGCACAUGUAAAACGCGAUUUCGUGUCUGUUUAAAGCAUUAUCAAGCGAAAAUCGAUACCACAUCGCAGUGUACGUACGGUGAUGUGGUUACGCCCAUACUCGGUGAAAAUUCGGUUAAUCUAACGGAUACGCAAAGCUUUCAAAAUAAAGGCUUCACGAAUCCCAUACAAUUCGCCUUCAAUUUUGCAUGGCCGGGCACUUUUACGCUGAUCGUUGAGGCAUGGCAUGAUACGAAUAAUACCGCAAAUGCGCGCACAAACAAUCUACUCAUACAACGUCUGUCUGUGCAACAAGUUUUGGAGGUCUCAUCCGAAUGGAAAACGAACAAAUCCGAAUCGCAAUACACUUGGCUCGAAUAUGAUUUUCGCGUUACCUGCGAUCCGCACUAUUACGGAGCGGGCUGUGCAAAUUUAUGCCGGCCCCGCGAUGAUCAGUUCGGUCAUUAUACAUGCUCAGAGACAGGUGAAAUAAUAUGCCUUACUGGCUGGCAAGGCAGUUACUGUGAUAAAGCUAAAUGCGCCAAAGGUUGCGAGCAUGGUCACUGCGAUAAGCCCAAUCAAUGCAUUUGCCAAACGGGCUGGAAGGGGACGCUGUGUAACGAGUGUGAAGCAUAUCCCGGCUGCAUUCAUGGCACAUGCAACAAGCCCUGGGAGUGCAUUUGCAACGAGGGCUGGGGCGGUCUUUUCUGCAAUCAGGACCUCAACUACUGCACGAACCAUCGCCCGUGCAAGAAUGGCGGCACCUGCUUCAACACCGGUCAAGGACUCUACACCUGCAAGUGUGCGCCCGGCUUUAGUGGCAACGAUUGCCAAACGGAGAUCAAUUCAUGCGACGGCGAAGUGAAUCCUUGCCAGAAUGGCGGCACCUGCAUCGAUGAUCCCAACUCGAAACGUGGCUACAAAUGUGCAUGCCCCAAGGGCUGGAAUGGACGCAUGUGCGAGGAUAAGCUGCUGACCUGCGCCGAUAAGCCUUGCCAUCAUGGCAGCUGCCGCAAUACAAGCACAAACAACAACAACAGCAACAACAAGCAGGGGUUUCAAUGCGAAUGCCCCACCGGCUACAGUGGCGUCACCUGUGAACUGCAUCUGGACAAUUGCAGUCCCAAUCCCUGUCUAAAUGGCGGCAAUUGUCAACCAAGUGGCAAGUGCAUCUGUCCCAGCGGCUUUGCUGGCGCCAAAUGUGAACAGAAUUUGGAUGAUUGUGCUGGCCAUAAGUGCCAGAAUGGCGGCACCUGCAUCGAUCUGGUCAAUCAGUAUCGUUGCCAAUGUGUGCCCGGCUUCCAUGGACCGCGCUGUGCGAGCAAAGUCGACCUCUGUCUGACCAAGCCCUGCGCCAAUGGCGGCAGCUGCACGAAUCUGAGCAACGACUACCAGUGCGACUGUCGUGCGGGCUUCACGGGCAAGGAUUGUUCCAUCGAUAUCGAUGAGUGUGGCAGUGCUCCCUGCCACAACGGCGGCACCUGCAUGAAUCGUGUGAAUAGCUUCGAAUGCGUCUGCGCCAACGGCUUUCGUGGCAGGCAGUGCGACGAGGAAUCCUACGACUCGGUUACCUACGAUGCUCAUCAGUAUGGAGCGACGGCCCAAACGCGUUCCGAUGGCCUUACCAAUGCCCAGGUGGUGCUCAUUGCCAUCUUCUCGGUGGCUAUGCCGCUGGUGGCCGUCAUUGCCGCCUGCGUGGUCUUCUGCAUGAAACGCAAACGGAAGCGUGCGCAGGAAAAGGACGAUGCGGAGGCCAGGAAGCAGAACGAACAGAACGCGGUGGCCACUCUGCACCACAAUGGUGGUGGUGUGGGAGUGGGUGUGGGUGGGCCCGCCGUUAUGGGCACCCUGGGCGUCAAACGGGGCAGCAACAGUGGCCUGACCUUCGACAACAGCAAUCCGAACAUCAUCAAGAAUACAUGGGAUAAGUCAGUCAAUAACAUAUGCGCCUCAGCAGCAGCCGCCGCGGCAGCAGCCGAUGAGUGUCUGAUGUACGGCGGCGCCUUGUCCAAUUAUGGAGCCGACAAUAAUGCCAAUUCCGAGUUCUGUGGCGUCGGGCAGAUAGCGCCAUUGCAGCGCGCCAAGUCGCAAAAGCAGCUCAAUACCGAUCCCACGCUCAUGCAUCGCGCCUCCCAGCUUCUCUCAGCGGGAGCAGCAGCCGCAGCAGCGGCGGCGGCGGCAGCCACUGCGUCCUCGCAGUCCAGCCAAACCAAAGACUACAGCGGAGCAAGCAAUGGUGCUGGUCCGGCUGAGAGCAAACGCAUCUCGGUGCUUGGCGAGAGCUCCUAUUGCAGUCAGCGAUGGCCCUCGUUGGCCGCAGCGGGCGUCGCGGGGGCGUGCUCCUCCCAAAUGAUGGCGACGGGCAGUGGUGCCGCGGCGACGCAACGCACAGUGGUCUGUGGCACGCCACAUAUGUAA